AUGGCAUGUUGUAGUGCCUCGGGAACGCCACUGGCGCGCUACGCGCGAGCACUGGCGCAUGACAACUGCGACAGCGUUGCAGAGGCUUUGCCCAUGUCUUUUCCGAUGCUCGGUAAGGGACAUCCAGAUCCAGAUUGCCGACAACUUCGCUUUUUGCAAGAUGCUCUUCGAUAUAUCAUCUCGGUGAACGGGAUGAGCACCAUACCCAAAGAUCUUGUGACAGAAGCUUUCGUGCCCACGGCCAAAGGCAUUUCCGCGAAAGACUUCCGAAAUGGUGAGGUAUUUCUGUGGUACGAUUACUUCUCUUGCCCCCAGCUAGAAACCUAUGUCUCCUCGAUCGACGACUUGGCGGACACGGAUCCCAUGGAUCAGUCGACUCCGUCGAUGUCAAUGCAGAAUCAAACAACGAACAGCCGCUUGGGUCGGGCUGUGGACAGCAUCCCUGCAUACAUCGCCCGCUGUGCCUUUUUCUUUGUCCUUUGUCCAGUGACCUGGCUGAGUAUUCCAAGAUUUCAAUUUGAGGCCGCCGCACUCUUGUGGCACCGGUGCAUUAGCACCGGGCGGCUACCUACUGCUUGGCUCCACGUCCGCAUCACCUUGUUGGACAAGAGCGACGGCGGCAAACGCCCCCUCGCCAUUGCUGCCAUCAUGUACAGGGUUUGCAUGUCCGCUACUCUGCGCUGUCUCCGUUCCUGGAUCGCUGGCUGGGCGCCCCCCACCUUGUAUGGUGGCAUCCCUGGCCGGGGUACCGAUGGCGUGCAUAGCGCCCUCUUCGGUGCCCUGCACCAGCAACAAGCUGGUCGCUGCAUGGCCGGCGCCAAAGCCGACAUCCAGCGGUGCUUCGACUCUGUUGACUUUGGCGUUGCCUUUCUUGUCUUUGACCACUUGGGUGCGCCGGCAGGCCUAACAGAGGUCCUGCGUUUCUUUUACGCGGGUCAAACCCGCUGGUUCAUCUCCCGUGGGUGUGUCCACCCUACCCCGGUCCGGGUCCAACGAGGCCUCUUGCAAGGCUGCCCUGCCUCCCCUGCCUUGCUCAACGCCAUUAUGGCGAUUUGGUCUCUGGCCGUGACCCGGGCCCACCCACGGAUUGGUUUGGCCAUUUAUUUGGAUGACCGUAGUCUCUGGGCCCAAGGCCGGGACGCGGUCUCCGCGCUCGUGGCUGCUGCAGAACAUGCGGCGGACACGGACCGCAUCUUCGGUUUCACUGUGCACCCCGCAAAGCGGGAGUGCUUCGCUCUUUCCCCGCGGGACCGCCGGGCGCUGAGCAGCGAAGCUGCUCUCCUCGGCCCGGUCACCGCUGCCCCCACUUUGCUCGGCGUGACUUACCGCUUCGGGCGUGCGGGCAAGCCGGCGCACACCGACUUGACCACCAAGCUCAUCCAGCGGUGCCGCAAAAUCGGUCGGGUUGCCCGUUCCGUGCCCCUGCGCCGCGCCCUCCUCCAGCUCCUCGUGGCCUCGCUCUUCCGCUGGCUUGGUCCUUGGAGCACCUUCCCUGCCAACACCCUCCGCCGCUGGUCCUCCCACAUGGAAUCCGCCUUGUGGGGCCGCCGGCCCCCCCCCGGCCGGGACCGCUACCUCUUCUGGGUGACGUUUGGGCCCCACACCAUGCAUCCCGAGUACCUCAUCCACUUCGAAGCCCUGCGGCGCGAAUGGCGUGCUGGCUCGUCGACCCCUUGCCCUACUGCGACUGCCGCCUUCCAGUUCUUCCGCUGGACCCGCCACCCCACCCACUGGGACACCCCCUAUGGUCCCAUCCGCCCUGCUUGGGAUACCGAGCGCCUCCUGGGCCACUUGGCUGCCCGCUCCUGGCUCCGCCUCCUCUGGGACUACGACACGAAAACGGCUGACCCCAUCCGCCCCACCCAGGAACCGGUGACUGAGCACCUCCGCCCCUUCCGCUCCACCCUGGAUCCUCACCUCCGCCGGGUUGUGCUUGGUUGCGCUGCUGAUGCCCGCCUCCUCGCCCGCCUGGGUCACAACAAACCCUGCGCCUGCGGCAACCCCUGCCCCAGCAGAACACACCUCACCUUCCAGUGUCCGCUGAUCCCGUGGUCUCAGGCUCGGGCUACUGAUGCUGAGCGCCGUUUGCUCACAAGGCUGGUGACCUUCCUUCCCGCUACCCUGGAUGUGCUUGAUCCACCAGUCGACCUGGUACAUUAUCUGCUACGACAACGUGCUGCUGGGACCUCUAUCAUCUGCAUGGCGUUGGACGGCUCUUGCUUGGACCCUACAGGUCAAACUUUUGGAUGUUGCACUGCUUGGGCUGCUGCUGCAGCGGAUGGCCACACUUUUGGCGGUGCUCUUACUGGUGCGGACCAUACUCCCCACUACGCGGAGCGCAUGGCCCUGUGGUAUGUCACUGCGGCUGCAGCCGCUGCGGCUCUGGAUGUCUUGGUCCUUACGGACAACGAAGCGGUGGCGCGUCGCUUUGACAGCCUCCUUCGUUAUGGGAGAAAGGCAGGCGAUGCCUCGGAGUUCUGGCAUCAACUACUGGCACGCUGGCGACCAGCUUCGCGAUUGGCUUGGAUCCCAGCGCAUGGCAAACGCCCGGGAUGGACACCCCCGGCAGGAUAUCCUUCCCCUGAUCUCUGCAGGGCCAUGAAUGAACGACAAGAUGCUCUGCGGUGGGCAUCUACUGCUGUGCAGCGACAAUGCGUGGUGACACGCGCAUGGUGGGACCUUUGCUUACCUCACUUCGUUUUUCGAAAUGAGGUUGACGUCUCAUGGAACAACAACAACAACAUCGUCCUGGACGCAGAGGGGUUGGUGCCGUGCCGAACGAACCCUUCGAGAGCUCUCCCAGAGCGAGUCGUCUCUGGGCCGGGAGCGCCACGGGAGCUCACGUAUAUCAUCAUCAAAAGUUCCAAGAAUCUGGAGACAGUGGCGACCCCAAUGACCUCCUUUGGCGGUUCUCCGGGAGAAGGGACUUUCACUUUGAAAGUGGAUCGCAGGAAGCUCUGUCCCAUCGUAAAACAAGCCAUCAAACGAAAGUUAUUUCUUUACCUACAAGCACAGAACCUUUCGGGUUUUCGCGCCUUGCUCAAUCUGCAGAGGGUGCACUUGAGAGGCUUCAGCACCGACGCUUUAUCUGAUCUGGUCCCUGGCUUUCCAGAAAUCGAUGGCGACAAUCCAGAGUUGCAGGUGGCGAGAUUUCUUUUUCAGAAUGGCUUUCAAAGUAUCAACGAGCUUGACACACUCGGAUGGCGUCCGCUGCACUAUGCUGCCAUGAAUGGAGAGCCUUCCCUUCUCCAAGCUCUUUUGGAGCAACGUGCAACUCUUGAUUCAAAAACCAAGAAACAAAAUCCAUACACUGGAAUUCCGCAGUUUAUGACUGCUCUAUCGAUUUCACUCUUUUUCAAGAACCAUAUUGCCACGCAGUUCCUGCUGGAAAAAGGCGCCAAUAGGACCUCGGGCUUGAUUCCACCAGCGGACUUUGCCAGUAUGGCAAAUAAUCCGGAAGGACUUCGCAUGCUGAGAUCAACCUUUAACCCUGGAGAACUUCCUGACAGGAACGGCAUCUUUGCCUUCAGUGCAUUUGAGGUUGCGUGCUCCUUUGGAUCUAUGGAAGCUAUGGAGGAACUGCUUCUGCGAGAAACGGAGAUUUCAAACGGACUGCACUUUGCCAUGGUUUUUUGCGGUGGGACUGCUAAGCUUGUGAACCGGCUCAUUCAGUUGCGAGCUGACGUGAACCACCAAUGGAGAGAGCCUUUUUGGACCUUUCACGGCAUUUACAAUCACAUCCAGGCGCUUCAAUAUCGCAUGGGCAAGCGAACAACCAGCACAAUGAUGGCAUAUCAUAUCUAUGGUUCCACCCCUUUGAUGAAUGCCGUGCUGUCUGGACAGUACGAAGGAGCCGCAACUCUCAUUGCAGCUGGGGCGCGGCUGGAUCUUUGCAACGACCGCAGGCGCUCAGUGGCAGAUUUCGCAGAGGAGCUGUCGGUGCCGGAGUUUUUGUCCCAGGCUCUUCAGGGAAACCCCAAAGCUUGCCACAGAAUCGCCGAAUUGGCUGAUGAUGAUGUUUUUGAGAUCUAA